UGAUGAAGGGUGUUAGAUUCAAGGGUCUGUGUAUAAAGGUAUAAUUUGCAAUCAAGAAAAUGAAGUGGAAUGCCAGUGAGGAGCUCGAGAUCCUCCAAAAGGUGAACCAUGUGAAUUUAGUGAAGUUAGAGGAUUUUUGCAUAGACCCUAAAGAAGCAAAUUGCUAUUUUGUUUAUGAGUAUGUUGAAAAUGGUUCACUACAUUCAUGGCUUCACGAGGACAAAAAAGAAAAAUUGAGUUGGAAAACAAGGUUAAAAAUUGCCACUGAUGUUGCAAAUGGUCUCUUAUAUAUCCAUGAACAUACAAGGCCAAGGGUUGUACACAAAGACAUUAAGAGUAGCAACAUUGUAAUUAUUCACACAAUUGUGAUGAGAAUAAGCAGAGUAUCAAGAAAGAUAGAAAGAAGAAGAAAUGCAGAAAAGAAGAAGAAGAAGAAGAAGAAGAAGAAGAAGCAUUAGACGAGAGAGAGAAUUAGUGGAGAGUAUUUUUAUUAUUCCUAAAAAAAUGUCUUUUUUACAAUGUAAAGGCUUACUUAUAUAUCAAUGUUUUAACCCUCUCGUUAGCACUCUAACUAACUACUAAUCCUGAUAUUACUAA